CCGCCGGAGAUCGACGUCGACAAGUUGGCCAAGAUCGUCCGGGAGCUGCCGGGCUCGCCGCCGACCGAGGAGGAGAUCCAGACCUUCAUCAAGCUCCUCGACGAGUCCGGCGGGUCCGUGGAGCAGGACGGCAUGGUGAGCUUCGACGAGUUCGCGGACGCGAUCUUGCCGUGGAUCUCGUUCGGCGUCGUCGACGACGACGGCACGGGCGAGCUGUCGCCCGACGAGCUCAAGCUGCUCAUCUGGAUCUCGGGCGGCGACAACACGCCCGAGCCGUCGGCGCAGGUCGUGCUCCAGGCCAUGCGCGGCGUCGACGUGAACAAGGACGGCGUCUUGGUUCGUCUCGAGUGGCUCUGCUACAACAGCGGCUACGACCCGGCGACGGGCGCCAUGAAGUUCAGCAAGGCCGCCAAGGACAUGUUCGCGAAGAUGGACGCCGACGGGUCCUCGGAGAUCUCCGCGAAGGAGAUCAAGGAGAUCUUCGCGAAGGAGAUCGGCGUCGCGCUCGAGAACAUGGAAAGCGAGGCGCACUGCUGCUUCUCCCAGAGCAGCCGCGACGCGCUCCAGGUGCUCAUGAUGAACGCGGGCAACGAGGUCGCGGACCUGAUCGACGAGGACCACAGCGGCAUGAUCGAGUGGGACGAGUUCUACGCGCACAGCGCGACGAUCGCGGCGAAGCAGGAGAAGAUCCGCGAGUACGCCAAGGUCCUCCUGGUCCAGGACAUGCGCGAGCGGCCCGAGGCCCGGAGGCCACGCGCGUCGGUCAUGGUCCGCAACCCCAGCUCCAAGAGCGCGAAGAAGAGCGCGGGCUCGUCGCCGUCCAAGGCCGCGGGCGGCCGCCGCGCGUCCCAGCGCCACAUCGCCAUGAGCAAGGGGCACUAG